CCUGGAGUCGUCUCGCCCGCGGCCUAUUCUCCUCAUCUGCUCGCCGCGCCGCGCCGCAACCCGGAGGCCGGAGAGUCGAGCACCACCUGGGGCCCAGCAUCCUCGCGACCAUCUCCGGCACGACGUCCGCCCUCUGCAGCCCCGGUGUCCCUGCGACCGUCGCUGCUGUCCUACUUCGCCACUGGCCAGUUUGCCCCGCCACGAGCACCACAAGAACACUAGGAUGUCCAAUGUGACCGUGUGCGUGCGGUUCAGACCGCUGAGUCACAAGGAGAGGAAGGCCAAUAGUGACAAGGUCUGCUUCAAGAAACUGGACUCCGAGUCUUUUGUUUUCAAGGAUGAGAGGGAAGAAGAUGUCAUAUUCAGUUUUGACAAGGUUUUCUAUGAAGAUUCCCAACAGUCUGAUGUCUACAACUUCCUUGCAGUGCCCAUUGUUUCAGAUGCCAUCAAUGGAAUAAAUGGAACUAUAAUUACUUAUGGUCAGACUGGGGCAGGGAAGACGUAUAGCAUGGAGGGGCCAAGUAUCUUGCAUUGCAAUGAACAGAAAACUGGGCUAGUACAGCGAGUUGUGGAUGAGCUUUUUGUAUGUUUAGGAUCAUCAGCAAGCACAUGGACUGUGAAGCUGUCAAUGGUGGAGAUAUAUUUGGAAAAAGUGAGGGACCUUCUUGACUUGUCCAAAGACAACCUGCAGAUCAAGGAAAGUAAAACCCAAGGAAUUUACAUUUCUGGAGCAACAGAGAUAUCUAUCCUGAACAGUUCAGAUGCAUUAGAGAACCUUUCUCAAGGAAUUGCCAACAGAGCUGUUGGGGAAACACAAAUGAACCUGGCUAGCAGUAGAAGUCACUGCUUAUACAUUUUCUCAGUACAAUAUGGAUCCACUUCAGAUGAGAGGGUAACAUCAGGGAAGAUUAUACUUGUUGACUUGGCUGGUUCUGAGAAAGUCGAGAAAACUGGUGCUGAAGGACGGGUUCUUGAUGAGGCAAAAACAAUCAAUAAAUCUCUCUCAGCUCUAGGAAAUGUCAUCAAUGCCUUAACGACUGGUAAACAGAAUCAUGUGCCUUUCCGUGACUCAAAACUUACGCGCAUUCUUCAAGAUGCAUUGGGUGGCAACUCAAGAGCAGCAUUGCUGUGCUGCUGUUCUCCCAGCCCAUCGAAUGCACCAGAGAGUCUGUCUACGCUCCGCUUUGGAACCAGGACAAAGCUCAUAAAGGCUUCUCCCAAAUUGAUUCCUGAGGCGGUGGAUAACACCAAGAAGCCCACCAUCGAGACUCAUGACCAAGACGAACUGCGUGAAAGGAUACUGAGCAAGGUCUGUAGCAAUGAACCCGAGCUAAGGUUGAGCCUGAGGGAGGAGGAUGUGGAUUUGCUGGAGGAACUGUUCUUGCAGGAAGGCAUCAUCUUCGAUCCCAGUUCCAUCACGGACAUCGACUCGGCAUGCCGUGACACUGCAAGUGAGGAGAUCUCGUUGCUGAUGCAAGCCGUGGAGGAUCUCAAAGAAACUGUGGAAGAGCUCACGGACGAGAACGAAAAGCUAAGGCGCAGCCUCCAAGUUGCGCAGGAGAUGACCGCUCAGGCGCAGCUUGCUGCCGCCGCCGCUGCCGGAGCUGCCUGGAGCCGUAGUCUGCUUGAUUUCGUGCCGGCAGUCCUCCUCCGGCGCUUUGGGUUUGUACCAGACUGACGACAGAGCCAAUGCCCAUUGUCCUGUGAAGAACCAUGUCAUACACUUCGGCAUAAAUCAUCUUGGAUUCAUGGACCAUGGUGGUAUACAUUAUACUUGCAGUACAGAUACUGGUAUCCUUGGAGGUUCAGUCUGGUUGUAAUGCGGCGAGAAUACUGAUUUUGCUAUGUAUGUGUAUCAGAUAUAUAUUUCUCGUGAAAAUUUGAAAAAAAUUGUGCUGGAAAGUGCCUCCUA